AUGAAUACUAAAAGCAUUCUCCGUAUGAAUCAAGGUGACGGGGAAAACAGCUACGCUAGUAAUUCAAGUUUUCAGAUGAUGAUAAUGAGCAAGGCGCUGCCCAUUGUAAAGGAUAUAAUCAAGGACAUGUUUGUGAAUAACUUAACAUUACUUGAUCAGAUGUUAGAGAGUUUUAAUAUUGCAGAUCUUGGAUGUGCUUCAGGACCCAACACUCUUCUAUUUGUGUCCGAAGUUAUUGAUAUCAUUCAUAAUUUGUCCAACAAAAACAAUAACAAAACCCUACAAAUAUUGGUCCUCUUGAACGAUCUAUACAAAAAUGACUUCAACAACAUAUUUACCACGCUUCCAUCAUUUUACGAGCAACUAAAAGAAACAUAUGGAUAUGAAUUUAGCCAAUUCUACGAGAGGUUGUUUCCUUGCAAAAGUUUGCAUUUUAUACACUCUUCUAAUAGCCUUCAUUGGCUCUCUCAGUAUGUGCCAAACAAUCUAGACAACAAAGGACAUAUCUGCAUUGAUAAAGCUUGUGCUCCCAAUGUAUUUGAUGCUUACAAGGAUCAAUUUUACAAUGACUUUUCCACUUUUCUUAACCAUAGAUCUCAAGAAAUUGUGCCUAAUGGAAGAAUGAUACUUACAUUUAUGGGAAGGAGUUUUUCAGAUCUAUGGAACGAUGAUUCUUGUUAUCUUUAUGGAUUAUUAGCCCAAUCACUUAAUGAUAUGACUUCUCAGGGACUGGUUAAACAAGAUGAGGUUGAUUCAUUCAAUUUACCAUUGUACACUCCUUAUAAGGAUGAAGUGGAGUCAAUUAUUAUGGAAGAGAAGUCUUUUUAUCAUGAAAAGAUAGAGAUAUUCAAAUUUAAUUGGGAUGCACUUGAUGAUGAUUACAACAAGUUCGACAAAAGUCGAAGUGGAAUAAAUGUAGCAAAUUGUAUUAGAUCCGUUACCGAGCCUAUGUUGGUCACUCAUUUCGGGGAACUGAUUUCUUUAAAGAAUGUGUUUGAGAUACAUGUAGAUCGGAUUGUUAAUCAUCUCAAAACGAAAAAGGCAAAGAUUGUCAAUCUAACCAUUUGCCUUAGGAAGAAAUAA